AUGGUGCAGCAGCCGAUGGUCGAGUGGCUCUUCCUCAUCUUCAUCUCCAUCGCUUAUUUCGUCCUCAUGAACCUCAUCACAGCAGUUAUAGUCGAGCACGCCUUCAGCAUAGCCAAGGAGGAUGAUGAGCACCACGCUAUCGAGAUGGAGAGGAACAGAGCGAGAGAGGCUGCUGAGCUCGGAUACCUAUUCACAGAGUUGGACACUGAUGGCAGCGGCGAGCUGAGUCGCGAGGAGUUCGAGGAAGCUCUACGAGGCCGCCGAGUUGUCCAUAAGUUAGCCUUGCUGGAUGUGGAUGCGCAUGAGCUCCAGGAGGUGUGGCAUAUGCUGGCCAAGGGUGAUGGUAGUUUGUCGGUGGAAGAGUUCACCAUGGGGAUGAGGAAGAUGCGGGGGGAAGCCCAAAGCAAAGAUGUCCUCCUAUGCUUGAAUCACUUGAGGCGCUUGGAAACCAAAGUUGACAGGAUUAUGGCGGCAAUCGAUGGUAUUGAUGAACUCAUAAGCCAACUGACAGAGGGCAAGCUGCCAGCAGUAGCGCUGGGGUGUAUGUGA